UGUCGCUCCUGUGAAGCUACAAAAAUGGCAGGCAGACAGCCAAAACAACAUGAUUGCAGAAAAAACCACUCAGGUUCAUCCAAGGCCAAGGAGGCUAGUGAUGCAGUCGAACUUUUCACUAAUGUAACAAAAUCAAAUGUGAAAUUUUCCACAUACGCAAGGGAUGAUAAUUCCACUACUGAACUUCACUUAAAGCAAAAGGUGCCAUAUGGUGUAGAAAAGUGGUGACACUGUUCAUGUAAAAAGGUCCCUAACAACACGACUCUAUAAUUUAAUUCAGCGAAGCAAGUUUCCAAAUUGUUCAAUAUUGUCACAAUAAGUUUUCAAUUACCUUGUGAAGUGCUUUACACAUUGCAUAGCACAAAACAAGGGAAAUCAUUCAAAAAUGAAAACUGGAAUGCAAAACAUAGUUCCCCAUGCAUUUGGUGAUCACCAUGGCUGCGAUGAAUCCUGGUGUGGUUCUAAGAAAGAUCCUGAGCAUUAUAACCACAAAGACCUUCCCUAUGGCAAAGACCUCCAUGGAGACAACCUUAAAUCGGCACUGACAUCCCUGUUCGGAGAAUACAGCACUGAUACUGUCAUUCGAAAAUUGGUUCCUGCUGCAAAUUCUCAGUGCAAUGAAUCCCUGAACAGUGUGGUGGGCUCUAAAAACCCCAAGAUUCGUUAUUAUGGAGGAAGUGAAAGUAACGACUUUAGAGUGUCCUGUGGAAUAUCACAAAUUAAUUUAGAUUAUGCCUAUAUUCCCCACACUUUGGAAGCCCUCAACAUAGAGCCGGGAUUUUUCUGCAAAGAAUUUAACCGAAUAAUGGAAAGGAAAACCACAAUGGACAAAAACAGAAAAUCAGCAGUCAUAUUCAAACGACGUAGAUCACAGUUGAACAAACAAAAAAUUUCAGAUACCUCCAAGAAAGAGGCAAAGGAAGGUACAAUGUACCAAAGUAACAUUGGUCUGAACCUUACUCCUGAAACAACAACCGAACUAAACACAGUCUCUGAACUUUGCAGUGUAAAUACUAUGGUUGCAAAAAACCAGCAAGAAGAAUACGAGAAAAUAGUUCCAAACAACAUCCAAAGACCGUCAAUCAAAAAGGAAAAAUACGAUGACAGUACCUUUUAUAAUUUCGUGUUGUUUGAUACUGAGACAAAUUCAACUAGCAAAUUAGCCGAGCUCUGCCAGCUUGCAGCAGUGGACAGGUCAGGGAAAAGUUUUUCGUGCUAUAUUCUUCCAAAAAAAGACAUGGAUGCUCAUGCUUCAAAAGUAAACAAUCUGACAAUAAAGACUGUGAAUGGGAUCCGCACUCUUUGCAAGGACAAUCACCCUGUAACAGUUUUUCCUUUAGAGGAAGCACUUACGCAAUUCUUACACUUUUUGAAGGCGAGUACCACUGAGGCUUCGAAGCGCACCACAAAAAAAGUUUGCACAGUCUUAGCAGGACAUAAUGCCGCCACAUUUGUUGUCCCUAUACUUCUUCGGAACGGUGGACACAAUUUUGUUGCCGAACUCACUUCUGAGAACAUCAGGUGUGCCGACACUCUUUUACUGUUUAAAUCACUUAUAAAGGACAAGCACUCAUCUCUCCAAAAUGAACAAGGCCAAUUUCCAAAGCCAAACCAAAGUUCUCUUUACGAACACCUAUUUAAGGAAACCUUUGAAGCCCACGACGCCCUGGAAGAUGUCUCUGCCCUCCGUAGAAUCUUGUUUUCCUCCAGACUAGCUCUUUCAAAUGAAAUUAUCGUAAACAGAAGCUCGUUGAUCUCUGUGAAAGAUGCUACGGAAGAUAUGAAAUACCUCGACGACCGCCACAACCGACUUCUGUCUUAUAGAGGAAAGUUGUACCAUCCAGGUCACCAAGAUAGCCCAGUAAAACAGAACAUCUCAAAGAAAAUGGCUGGAAGUGGUCUUGAAUACGAAGAUUUCCAGAAUUUGUUCCAAAGAUUUGGGAGAAAAGGGCUUGUUGGCAUUCUGUCAAAGCCGCCAUUGUCCGCUCGCUCGUCGGCGCCAAGAGUCACACGAACAACAAGAAUAGUACUUGCAAUUGAGAAACAUUUCGAGGAAAUUUCAAAGAAUUAA